GAUCCGCGUCGCUUGAUCGUGGCCAACUACUGCGGGUUAAACUUCACCGCCUUUAAUUAAAACGGUGAAGUAUUCACCGGUUUAGAGAAAGACGGUGAAUACUUCACUGUUUUAAUCAAUAGCGGUGAAUACUUCACCGUUUUAAUUUAAAACGGUGAAAUAUUCACCGUUUUUGACAAACACGGUGAUAGUCUUCACUGAAUUUGUCAAAAACGGUGAAUGCCAAACAUGUGUAGUUUUGGAAUUUUUUUUAUAACUUAUGUAUUUUGGGAAUUUUUUUUUCAAGAACUAGUGUACUUUGUGAUUUUUCCCAACAAUAUAGUGUAUAUGAUGGACUUGAGAAAGAACUCAUACCAGUUAGUGAUCUACCAGAAAGGUACGUAGUAUACUAAGCACAGAAGCAAGAACAUGUGCUUGGAGAAAUACAUUUCUGCUAAAUCACUAAUCUGGUUGGAGCUCAGUUUCAUUAGGUUAACGAACAAAUAUUAAAAUAUGCUUAUCAUUUUCAAUGAUUUGCAUCCGUUAUAUUAUUCUAUCGACGGCGAUACGACCAUCCUGCUAUUAAUCAUCUAGCUGUGCUAUAUAUCAUCCUGCUUUUAAUUUGUUGUCACUUUCUCUUUUUAAGAACUACAUCACCCUUCAAUCAAUUGGUUAGCCAAACCAAUAUAUAUAUAUAUAUAUAUAUAUAUAUAUAAUAAGGAUAUUGAUGUGGGAUAUGAUGACAAUUUUGAUAUAUGAUCCGUUUUAUUUGAUAUGUUAGUUAACGGGUUUCAUAGACGGGAUAGGGUGGGUAUGAGUCAACGUGAACCAUUCCAUUCUCGAUCCCAUUAUGCUUAAAGUUUAUGUAAUUUUACUCAAAGUACUUAUGAUUUUAGUUUUAUUGAUAAAGCUAUAAAUAGAGAGAGACUCAAUUAACUUCUUGAAUAAUUCAACCACAUAUAUUGUGUUUAUCAUGUCAUAGUUUAUUUACCGACUUAUUAAGGGAAAAAUCGAUAUCUCAAGUGCUUUUCUUUAAAUUACAUGCUUAUAUGAGUCGAUCUAAUGCGACUCACAUACCAAAUCAAAAUACCUAACCUAAAUUUGACAAGCCAUACAACAUAUAUUGGUAUCUAGAUACCCGCACUAACCUACCUAAUCAUUCCUAAAUGUUGUUGAGCCAAAUGAACAAAACUAGAGGUGCUAAUCGGUUCGGUCUUGGUUGACCACUAAUCGACAUGGCGGUUAGCAAUUAACCAAUAAGCAAAAACUCAUAUUGAUAAUAGAACUGAUAAGCCUUAUCAGUUAACUGUCUCUUAUCGGUUCGGGUAGCGGUUAGUUUGGCGGUUAACCUAUUAUCAUUAACAUACAUUCCAACAAGUACGAGUACACAUAAUAAUCAAACCAUAUAUCAAACAAAUACCUUUUGUUUUCUUUCACGAAAUAUAGUAAAGCGAAGUAAUUACCACUUUUCAUACACAUAUCAUCAUCCAAUUAAGUUUAACAAGUGUCAUUUGAUCCUAACCACUUGUAAAAAACAAUUUAAAUACACUUCUACAUUAUUAACAUAAAAUAUUAAUAUUAAGAAAAUAACAUCAAUACAACAUCCACCGUAAAUUCACAAUCCAAAUUCGAAUUUCAAUAUAGAAAAUAAUAAAAAAAAUAAUCAAACGCCUUCAUCUAGUUAGUGAAUAAUAACUAUGGAGGCACCACACACAUGCUACUACGGUAAUCAGAUAGUUAAAAAGGAUGACUUUUAGGUUCCGACUCGUAAACACAUUUAACGAUUAGUUAUCCGUGCGAUUAUCGACUAAAACCGAUAACCAAGUAACCAUUUAUCACCACCCCCAAACAAAAACUAGCUAGCAAACUGUGGUUUUCUCUUUGAAGAAUUUUUACCGUCAUAAUUAAUUAAUUGAGACCGACCAUUCAUGUGUGUACGUACGUUUGAGAAAACCGCAUGCACACUUUGGAGGAAAGCUGGACUAAACAAGCAGCCCAAAAGCUCCCACCUCCCAAGAAUCACCCAAGCAAAACCCUCGUGUUGUCGUCUACAACUCGUCUUCUGGCCUUUCCUAAUCAGCGCCAUUAACACACUAAUCACCACUUCCGUUCACGUUUUAAAGCCACUCCCCCCCUCGUCACAUUAAUCACCCCUAACCACAAUCAAACGUUACUCCCGACUCUCCCUAUAUAUAACCCACAAAACAAAACCCUUCACUCACUCACUCACUCACUCACCCAAACACCACAAACCCAAAUCAACCCAACCAGCCAUGGCCGCCGCCGCCGCCUCGAAGAUCAACAGUUCCCUGGCCGCGGCCGCCCUGCUUAUGAUCACAGUACUGGUAGUAACAAUUGGGUGCGCGAACGGGCAGGAGGGUGCCGGAGGGUGCGCGGGGGACAUGCAAGGCGUGAUCGUGGAGUGCGCCCGGUUCGUCCAGAAGACCGGACCGGUCGCCGACCCUUCGCCGCAGUGCUGCAGCGCCCUCAAGACGCUGGACAUCCCUUGCCUCUGCUCCCGAAUCCCACCCGAGCUCACCGCCAUCGUCGACAUGAACAAGGUCUUCCACGUGGCAUCCGUCUGCGCCAUCCACCUUCCCGCCGGCACCAAAUGCGGAGCUUUUGCAGUUCCGCCGGCCGCUGCUUGAGAGACUGCGCCUAAUGGUGUGGUAGUUCGAUGCCCGAUGACGAAUAAUAAUGAAUGGGUUGUCAGUUAUGUAAUAUUGGUGGCUUUUUUUUUAAUUUGUUUUGUGGUUUGCUUUUGUAAUUGGUUGGUUUGUAAUAUAGGCUAUGAUGAAGUCUAUAUUAAAAAUGAAGGCCUUGGAAGUUCUACAAUAAUUUUUAGGAUGGGAGGUGAAUCGAAGUGAAAAAAUUAAUCUUUGUUUUUCCAAAUGAAGUAUUGCUUAGAAAUCUUAAAACAUUCUUAAUUUCUAGAUUCUAUUCGAAUCGAUCGAUUCCUUCGAGUUUCAAACCAAUACUUUCAGAUCAAGAUCUUGAACCUUAUAUUUAAGACCAUAAAUUGCCUUUGCAAUGUGGCGACUUGGCCGAUUUCGAGAUCAUCCUACAACUAUUAACUAUAAGCCACUACAACUAAAAGGGUAUUGGAUCAAUUGUCGUGAUACAAAGAAGAUGGCUCACAGGGUUUUGCACCAUUCUUAGCAAAGGAUUAAUUAAUUGGAAAUUGAAUAAGAAAGCAUACAAUCUCAAGAUCAUCCUCAGAAGAUGAAUAGAGAAUAUCGUAGAUUUGGCAUGCAGCAACUAAGACAAUUUGAAAUUGACGGAGGCUACAAUUGUGUGAGAGGUUUAUAACAUAGUAUUACAGUUGGUUCGAUCAUGAUCAGGUCAAAUGUUAAAAAUCCUCACGACCAUCCAUAUUGAUAGUUAAUUACAAGUACGUGGUACGACGGGCGCACAUGUGAAAACUUCAAACCCCUUAAUUGGCCGGGUUUCAUUUGAGGAACGGGUAAAGAAGUGGUAAAAGUCCAUACAUGAACCGCUAUCCAUAACUCCGAGUUAUAAUAUUGGAUCAGUUGGUGCAUUUAAAAGAAAAUACUCGACCGGAAUACAUAUAAACUUACCAAUUUAUUAUUUAUUCAAAACGAUUGGGUACAUAACAUGUCCAAACAUGUAUCAUUAGCCUUUUAUUGUUAGUCCCCAAUCGAUAUUACGCCAACUUAUGGGCCGGCGGCUCGUUUUGGUUCGGAUGACAGUAAAGAAGACAUCGCCGGCAGCUGGUCAGUGCUAUUACCACGGAGGAUUGCAUCGGCGGCGAACCUGUUGGGGGCGUCCGAUGGAAGACAACAGCAACAUCGAAUAGUUUUUGGCGGCCGGCAACAAUUUAACCCAUCGGGAUUGAAUUCUCUGAUAGCACUAACCACAGCCGCAGUGGCCAAGAAAGCACAAAAGAAAAGAGCCAAUGUUCGCAGAUUUAAACCCAUCUUAGUAGAGUAUUGUUUUUUUCUUCAAGAAGUUGUGCACGUUGCUUAGGGUUUUUUCUUUUCCUUUUCUUCUUCUUUGGAUUGUGUACUCUUAUUUCAUGAAAAACAAACAUAUAUAUAACUCAUCUAAGAGCUCUAAUCAUGUGACAAGAAAAAGGAAACUCGAUCAAUCUGUAUAUAUGGGAAAAUAAUAAAUAUAAAAGAAUGUUCAAUGAAGGGUAAAUUAUAUAUGGAAGUUUCAUGAAACAAAAAAAAGAAAAAAAAAACAUAUAUGUAACGCAUCUAAAAGCUAAUUUGAAUACUCAUGUGAUAAGGAAACUGAAUCUGUCUAUAUGGAAACAUAGUAAUGGAAAUAAUGGUCAAAGAAGAGUAAUUAUAUGUGGGAUUAAUUAGUAAAUAAUAAAUUGACCUUACUAGCCAAUUGGCCAAGUGUUUGGUCACAUGCAUAAACAUCAAUUAAGUGGUCAUAUUUCUGUAUGUAAUUGAUAUGCUUAUUUUUUUUAACAAAAUAUGAUUGCUUCAUUCAUACCAGAUAGUGAUACAAGUAAGAUACCGUUAAAUAAGAUUCUCAGUAAGAUAAAAAAAUCUAACACGA